AUGGAGUUUUCCAGCAAAGACUUAGAGGACAUCCAGCGAGUCGCGGGUCUGCUGAACCUCUCAGUUGACGAGUUGCUCCAGCAGAGCCGCUCCCGCAGUCAGAUAGCUCCAGGAACUCCUUCAGCCAGCAACAGUCCACAACAACCACCCCGGCAGCAACACCCAGGGCUUCGACGAAUCACAGAUGUCUCGAAUUCGCAGCUCCCUGAGAGUCACCACCAAACCUCGCUUGACCAAGAUCUGGACGCCUUUGACAUAUGUGAUCCUCAGGCAAGUGGUUUUGGAAGCGAGCCUUCCGAGCUCUCCCUUCACCUCACUGCCACACAGGGCCAAGAUGAAGAAGUCAUUCUCUUGAACCCACAUACGACGUGGUACGACUGCGAUGCAGCCGUUUUCGAAUUCGAUCCGUCCACAGUCGAGAGCUUGACAUUUGAGGAUACCACGACGGACCCCGGCCCGCCAGAAGACGGCUCUUAUGUUCCCGUUACACCCAUGGAUAUUGACUUUGAGUUCGCCAGCAACUGCGCCACUCGGGAAGACGCUCGUGAAUCUGCCUUUGACGAUACCUCGACGGACUGGGCUCUUGUUACGCCUUCCUCCGGAUCACCGCCCCUCCAUACCCCCCUCUCAUCUUCCACUAGCACGGCAGACAGAUCCUAUUAUAGGAUUGCUCCGAAAGUUUCCAAGUCCAACGCUAAGUCGGCUUCGGAAAGUUCAUCUCACCGAGUCAAGAAAAAGCGGAGUCCCUAUGAGGGAAGUAAAAGGAUCGAUACUCAUCUCACCCGCCAACUUCAUGCCUGUGUCAGGUGCAGGAUGCAGAGAAAUAGGUGCAUCCCUGACCCGGCCAAUCCUCGCGGACCCUGCUUGACUUGCCAGCAGAGGACCGUCCGAAUGAGCAGGCUGCCUUGCCUUCGGUACAUGGUCACAGACAGCACGCUGUAUCGAACUGGCCUGGAUUACAUGCCGUUUUACCGGACGCAUCCCAUGAUUGGACCACAAUACGGGGAUUUCCACCUGCAACGGCGGUGGACGGAUGCUCCGCCGAAGUACUUGUGUCUGGGCCAGAUCGGCUCCAUGCAUUUCAAGGUGGAACUGAGAGAGUUCAUCCCUCCAGCGAACAGCAGAGAUGUUGACCUCAAAGGGCGACCGAUGUACGCCGUGCCCUGGGCGGUUGCUGACCCGGACGCUGUUGUCGAGGCGAUUCAUGAGUACAUCGAGCGGGCCAUUACCCGUUACAUGGCGGCAUACCUCGACGACACAGAUCCUCUCGUAUGGAACAUCUUUCAAGCGGCCUACCGAGCAUCAGUCUUCCCUACGCCUAAUGAAUUGCUCAAGAAGACGCUGAGGCUCUGGGUGGCUUGCCGCUUUAUCGAGUCCAAGUGGAGGUGUUGGUCAGAGACAGGUUGGGCUGACAGUGCCAUCCGCGCCAUGAACCCGCAAGACCCAUUCUACAAGGACAUCGACUCGCUCCCGCCAUACAUCGACUACCAGAUUGCCUCCAUCAUCAUCCAUCGAAUCCUUGGUCCGCUCAGGAAGGACGUUCUCCGAAUCCUGCAGAGCACCUUCAACACCCACAGUCCCAAGGACUGGUUCGCCACGUUCCUGACAUCCUUCAUUCUCCUGCAAAACUACGAAAUGCAGAUGUUGUUCCAGAGGCAGUUUGCUGCGAGGAGAAGGGCCGAGUUGUUUACUCCGGGGUUUGACUGGAACGCCCCGAGAGUUCGCAGGAUGGCGCGGCUGGACCCAGAGCAAAGCGAGCUCAUGGCUCAAUGUCGAGAUGUCGUGGUCAAGAAAGCCACGAUGGGCGCGGAAACGAUUCUCUUAGGGCAUCAAGGGCAGGAUUGGAGCGCCUUGACCGUCAAGGCGAACUGCGUUCCUCGCUACUUUCCCAUCUCGCACGAAUGGCCGGCGGAAGUGGAGGGAGAUCUCGCAUGGGGACCCUCUUCCUUUGCUUCUAAGGACGACUUUACCCUGACCCUCAGCGAGACCGAUAUUUCCGAGAUCCAGUCCGGUCUUCAGCACUUCAACGAAUUGGGGCUCUAUGGCAACGAAGUCUCCCCCAGCACUUUCCCCCUGCCUACACUUGGCCCUCAGCUUCAACGGAUGGCCCAUGACAUUCACUGGGGGAAAGGGUUUUGGGUAGUUCGGGGUCUGAAACCAGAUGAUUUCUCACCUGAAGACAAUGUUCUCGUCUUUCUCGGCAUCUCGAGCUACAUCGGCUCCGUGCGGGGCCGGCAAGACGAGAAGGGUAACAUGUUGAUGCACAUCCGCGACGCCAAGCUCUCCCGAACACCCCAGCAGGACCGGCCGACAAGAUACUCUUCUCGGGCAUCAACCUUCCACACUGACACGUUCUGCGACAUCUUGGCCCUGCAGACGCGUAACAACGCCUCCGUCGGCGGCAGGAACCUUCUCGCCUCUUCCUGGACGGUCUACAACGAACUGAUGAAGACGCACCCGCACCUCCGCGAGCUCCUGGCCCAGCCCAUCUGGUCGUUCGACAGCCGCGGCAAGUUCCUGCCGUCCAACACCCGUCCGCUCCUCUACCACCACGACGGCCGCAUCAUCAUGAACUAUGCCCGCGAGCCCCUGCUCGGCCUGAGCGGCGUCAACCGCGCCCCGGGUCUCGCACCGCUUACCGAGGAGCAGCGCCGUGCGCUGGACGUCAUCGAGGACAUUGCCAAGCGGAACCAGAUGGUGCUCGAGGCGCAGCCGGGCGAUCUGCUGUUUAUCAACAAUCACGGGGUGCUGCACUCGAGAGAGGCGUUUGUGGAUUCGCAGGACUCGCCGCGGUACCUGGUGCGCAUGUGGCUCAAGAACCCAGAGCUGGCGUGGAAGUUGCCGCGGGGCUUGGUGGAGGGGAAUAAACGGAUUUAUGACGAGAAUGAGCUUGGGGAGCAGUGGAAUGUGGUGGACGCGCCGAGGGUUAUGUUUCGGUUGAGUGAGCGGCUUACGUCGUGA